AUGACCAAGUGGGAACAAAUCACGCCGCAUCUUCAGACCACGCGUCCUCACGAUGACGUUCUGGUCAUCAGCCUUUCGAACCCACCGUACAACUUUCUCAACCGAGCCAUCUUUGAUGAACUGAAACAGGUCAUCAACUCGCUCGACACGCAGACGACGCGCGGCGUGGUCCUGACUUCGCACCUUGAUCAGGUGUUUGUGACGCACUACAGUGUGCAGGAGAUCGUCGACUUCGGCAACAAGAUGCCCGCUUGGAUGCCGACGCCAUCGUGGCUGAUUCGUACUGCUCUUCAGGUGGAAAGCUGGAGCGCUGUGCUUGGCUUCAGGUGGCUCACCAGAAAGACCAUGUUUGCCGGCGUCGCAGAUCUGAACCUGUAUCACGAGGUGACGCAUUUGAUUCGCAGCAAGCCGCAGGUGUUUGUUGCAGCCAUCAACGGACUUUGCUAUGGCGGAGGGUGCGAAUUUGCGCUCGCAUGUGAUUACAGAGUCGUCAUCGAUACCGACUCGGCCAUCAUGGGUCAGUUGGAAUCACUCAUUGGGCUGAUCCCUGGUGGCGGUGGAACGCAAUUCCUCUCGCGAGCGCUUGGAACAGCCAAAGCACUCGAACUGUGCUUGGAAGGCAAGAGCAUCACUCCCGCUGAAGCGCUCGAGCUGGGCUUGGUCAACAAAGUGGUCGCCAAGAACAAACUCGAGGCCGAAGCCGUCGAGUUGGCCAGGCACAUCUCGCGACGCAGUCCAUUUGCGACGCAAGCAAUCAAAGACUCGGUCCACACGGGCAGCUCGCUCUCGUUCCGACAAGGACUGCUGCGUGAAAAGACGUGGUUUGCAAGAGCCGCUUUGGUCCCCGAAAGCCAGCAAGCCAUGGCCAAGUACAUCGAUCACCUCAACACAGCCAAGCCUCAAACACAGGAGGACUUUGAAAGUAUCAUGCUGCCUUUCCAACAGGGACUCUUCCACGAUUUCACUCCCGGCUCCGCUCGUCGUGAUGCACAAGCAUACGCAACGUCCAAGCAUGAUUAG